AAAAUAUAUUAAGAUUUAAUUUACCAGAAUCACCAAGAACGACCACUUUAACUUUCUCAAUUGCAGCCAUUCAUAGGAUUUUAACUCGGUAUUAUGACGGAAGAACGACUAGUAACUGAAGUGCCCAGCAGUCUGAAGCAGUUGGCUCGGCUCGUUGUUCGAGGAUUUUAUACUAUAGAAGAUGCUCUCAUAGUCGACAUGCUCGUCAGAAAUCCUUGUAUGAAAGAAGAUGACAUUUGCGAACUCUUAAAAUUCGAAAGGAAAAUGUUACGUGCUAGGAUAGCCACGUUAAAAAACGACAAAUUCAUUCAAGUGAGAUUAAAAAUGGAAACCGGACCUGAUGGAAAAGCACAGAAAGUGAACUAUUAUUUUAUAAAUUACAAAACAUUCGUAAACGUAGUUAAAUACAAAUUAGAUCUAAUGCGCAAACGUAUGGAGACUGAGGAACGCGACGCUACCAGUCGGGCUAGUUUCAAAUGUCCAUCCUGCGGGAAGACAUUCACUGAUCUCGAGGCUGACCAAUUAUACGACAUGAUGACACAAGAGUUCCGUUGUACAUUUUGCAACCAAGUGGUGGAAGAGGAUCAGUCAGCUCUACCGAAGAAGGAUUCCAGGCUGUUAUUGGCCAAAUUCAACGAACAGUUAGAAACUCUAUACAUUCUACUGCGAGAGGUCGAAGGCAUCAAACUGGCGCCGGAGAUUUUGGAACCAGAGCCUGUCGACAUCAAUACUAUCAGAGGAUUGAACUCGAAACAACUUGGGCAGCGUCCUCCAGGGCAGGAAUGGUCGGGCGAGGCGACACGGAACCAAGGCAUGCUGGUUGAAGAGACUCGUGUCGACGUCACAAUCGGGGAGGCAGACAACGCUAAUGACACAAGUGCACUACGCAAGGAGCGACCCGUCUGGAUGGUGGAGAGUACCAUCGUUACUAACGACCAAAGUGACAGCGUUCAUUCGACGGAUGCUGCGCUUGAGAAAGCAGCCAGCAAUGCAAGUAACGCAAAGAAUGCUGGGAAAGAGAAGAACGACGAUAUUAUGUCUGUCCUACUCGCUCAUGAAAAGCAAAAUACAGGAAACAAUGCAGCAACGAACGCUCUGAAGGGAAUAGAACCGGACAGUUCCGAUUCUAGUGACAACGAAUCUAAGGAUCCGUACAAACUCAAAGACGAACUGGCUGCAGUUGCGGAAAUGGAAAGUGAAGAUUCUGAUACAGAUGACAACGCGCCCACUGUGCUAGUAAACGGAAAGACGGUGCCACUAACGAGCGUCGACGAUGACGUCAUAGCACAGAUGACGCCCACCGAAAAAGAAACCUACAUACAAGUGUAUCAAGAAUAUUACAGCCACAUGUACGAUUAGAUAAGCGUUAAUUGAAAACAAAUCAACUAAUCAGACGUAAAUAAAUGUCUUGUUUAUACCUAA